GCCAGGCGGGCUGGGCGCAGCCGGCCGGGGAGGAGGCGCCGCGCUCCUGCCUUCUAGGCGCUCGCUGGGCAGCGCAGCAGCCGGCACCAUGCGCCAGUCCCUGACUCAGCAGCGCUCCAGCGCCGUCCCCCUGCCUGACUCGGCGGGGUCAUUCAAUAGAAGAAAAAGAAAUUCCCUCUACGUAACUGUGACUCUCCUCAUUGUGUCAGUAUUAAUUCUUACGGUGGGCCUAGCUGCUACAACACGAACCCAAAAUGUGACUGUUGGAGGUUAUUACCCUGGGGUUAUUCUUGGUUUUGGGUCAUUUCUUGGAAUAAUUGGAUCAAACUUGAUAGAAAACAAAAGACAAAUGCUAGUUGCAUCCAUUGUCUUCAUCAGUUUUGGAGUCAUUGCUGCGUUCUGCUGUGCCAUAGUUGAUGGUGUCUUUGCUGCCAGACACAUAGAUCUUAGGCCACUGUAUGCAGGCCGAUGUCAGUAUUACUCCAAAAGUACGACUCCACCCGAGGGGAUCUGUAAUCCACAGCGCCGGGGACCUUGCACACCUAAAAUAAAAACCAACACCUGCUUCUGCUGUGACCUAUACAACUGUGGAAACAGAGUGGAAAUUUCUGGUGGGUACUAUGAAUAUAUUGAUGUCAGCAGCUGCCAGGAUAUCAUUCACCUUUACCACUUGCUCUGGUCAGCGACAAUUUUGAACAUAGUCGGAUUGUUUCUAGGGAUCAUCACAGCUGCAAUCCUUGGAGGCUUUAAAGACAUGACUCCCUCCCUUCCUACACUGAACUGUACAGUUGAAAACGCACAUCCCUCAGUGUCCUAUUACUCAAGGCCACAGGUGACUUCUUACAACACUUACUACCACAGCACUCCUCAUCUGCCACCAUACUCAGCGUAUGACUUCCAGCAUUCCAGUGUGUUUCCAGCCUCCACUCCUUCUGGUCUUUCAGAUGACCCCCAGUCAAUGUCACCAUCUCCAAGCUACAUGUGGUCCUCCAAUGCUCCGCCUCGCUAUUCCCCACCAUAUUUUCCUCCUUUUGAAAAGCCACCACCUUAUACACCAUAAAGAAAAAAUGUGCUGUUGAAAUAAUUGUGAACAUUUUGUAUUUAUAUUUUAUUGGGGUGGGAGAGAACAUUACAGAAGACAAUAUAAAAUACUGGAUUCUGUUCAUUCUUGCAAGACUUAUGUAGGGGUUUAACAACUGUGUAUAGAGCAAGGAUUAUUUCACUGAUGCUUACUAGUGUCAGUGACUAGCGGGUGACCUAAAUUCAGGCCUCUGUUUUACAAUAUGAUUCACAGUAGUCCUUGAUUUUUAAGAGGUGCUACCUGGUCAGAGUAUUGAUCGCAGUCUGCCAUGCUUCAUCUUGAGCUGAGCAGUCACCUGGAUAAAUAUGGAGUGGGGUUAGCCAGAACCAGGAGUUGCCCCAGCCUACUCUUUUGCUCUAAAGGUGAGGGUGCUUGCAAAUCAGCUCUGAUGUUAAUUUUGUUUGGCCUUUCGCUUCCUACUGGCAGGACAUUGCUGGGCUGUGGAAUGUAGUUCACAUCUUUCAUUGCUUACAGUCUACAUCCUUAUCAAAGGAGAAUCCAAAGAAGAGCAUGAGUUUCUUAAAACAUAAUACAAACUGAUGGAAAGAUAAUUCUAUAGGAUAUGAUGUCCUGUAGCAGUCCAACAACUGGAAUAGCGCCUGCUGAAAGAGAGAACUGCACUAGCCAGGCUGGCUUGUUUCAGGAUGCGUCAUAAGGUAGGAGGUAUAAUAUCGAACAGAGUAUUGUUAGUUCUGGUAUGUAUAAAUAUAAAAGUCACAGUUUGGGUGGUUGUGUAUCAGCAAUUGGAUUGUAGAUAUCUCCUAAAUAGAAAGAUGCAGUUUUCUGUGUUCUGCUAAGCAAAAGCAUCCAACACUGUCCACAAGUCAUUUCAGCAAAACCAUGUGUUUUCCUUCUUUUGGUUGGGAAAUUUGUAUAGAUUGUUUUGAGUCAGCACCCUGUAUAAGAACUUUUUAGUGGCUGUAUUACAGGCUGCAUGUAAUGAAUUUCCACUAUUUGUUCUCAAGAUGUAAGUCUCUUGUGGAUAAAAUUCAACACCACGUAAACGAUAGCCUAGGACAAAGUUGAUAAGAAUUUGCUGUUAUUGUUGUGUCUUUCUUUUAAUCUUCAAAUGAUAGUUGUGCUGAUCUAGAUUUCAUGCAAGUUUUGCAUGCAUCUUGCAUAACAAAAAAGAUCAACUUUAUUAAGUGGUACAAUGCUCCUUUAAAGUGUGGUUCUUGCCCAAGCAGUGAUUUCAUUUGGCAACUUUCUGUUCAGAACCACUCACUCUGAGCAUUCCAUCUGUUUACUUUGGGGAUAAAAAUAAGGUAUCUGCUUUUUACUUGUUAUACCGAAAAGGCUGGAUUCUAUUUCAGCUCCUGAACCUAAAGAAGUGUAAACUGUAAGGCUGCACCCAUCUACAGCUGUGUCACCUCAAUCCAGACAAAAUGUAAUGGAGAGCAAAAUUUGGCUUGUAGAGUUUUAUGCUGUUAUGUGAGCCACAACGAAUACAGUUGGACUUCAGAUUGCAGCAUCUUUCUACUUGCAACCUAACCACAUGUGAGAUAGUGUCAGAAAGGAAGAUACAUGUGGGACCCACAAUGUCACUUCCAGAGUACAACCACACUUUAACGUGCUGCUUUUAACCCUGUACAUUUGCAAAGCAUUUAGGCAGUUUUUUAGACUCAUCAUUUCCCAGUCGGAUACAAGUCCAUCUAGUCUCAAACUAAAAAGAGAAUAAAUUGUUCAACCAGAAGCAAAUGUAGAACUUCUCUCUGGACAAUGAAAUCUUUCUUCUUAGAAAAUGGUGGGAGGAGGAGAAAUACAUGCAAGAUACCCACUGGAUUUAAAGCAGUACUGUAUGCAGAACACGUUCCAGUAGACUUCCCCCCCCCCCCCCCCGCCAUUAUAUAUGGUUUAAAAUACAGCUCCUGUAAGUUUGGGCACCAGAAAUAAAUUAGCACACUAAUACCCCUUCUGUUCUAAAUUAACCUCACAGCUGUUCAACUCAGUCACAUCUUUAAAAGAGACUUUGCAUGCACAUAAAAAAAAAGUGACAGCACCCAUGGUACUACUCCCUGUGAGAAAUAUAUUGCAUACAUUUUUUUAAAUAGUAUUUUACUUCUAGAGCUUUGAAAUAAAAGUUACAGACCUAACCUCACCUGGAAAAUAGUAUACCAUUUGUGCCUAUCUCUAUUAAAUAGGUCUACAAGGCAUAGGGGAUAUUGCAGGUCAGAACUAAGGUGCAUUGCACAGUCAUGAGGGGAGAAAAAUAAUGCAGUGCCAUAAAACGGAUCUUUGGAAGCAAGUGUAUUGUUACUACCUUUGGCCUGACAGAAGCAGAAAACCUAAGAAAUUGUCAAUGCUCUUGUUUCCAAACCUUUGAGCUUUUUAUUAAUUGUUAUAUGCUGGUAUAUUUAAGCAAAAGCUGCAUUGCUGCUUUAAAUUAAUUAUAAAAGGACAACUCAACAUUAACAUUAAAAGCAUUAUUGGGAUUUUCUGUUCAACUAGCUGUUUUCCUUCUGCUUCAACAACAGUAUAAAUACUGAACAUAAAUGCAAUGUUAUGCACUGUAUCCAUAAUGUCUUAUGAGAAUGUAAAAAUUACGACACGUAUGUAUCUUUUAUUACUUCACAAAAGUAAAAUAAAACUGUGACUUUUUUAAAAUGUUUACAAAGUUGCAGUUUACAUUUUAGCAGCUUUUCUGAGUAUUAGUGUUGCAACCAUUACACUGAAAUUCCUUGUAUGUAACUAGGAACUACGGUACAGAAAAAGCCAAGACAGCAUUUGCUAUUUUAGGGCCCAGAACUGCCAACCUUACUGGGCAUGGUGCUUACUACCCUUGGUAGUCCCAGUUAAGUCACUGAGCCCUGGUUUUGUAAAUUGUGUUGAAAGAACAAAUGUAUCCUAUGCAUUUUAUAGUUGUGGUAACUACAAUUCUGCAGUCCUUAUUCACGAGUAGUUCCAUUGAUUUCAGGGGGGUUACACUUAUAAGUGCUACCCAGUAUGCGCAAGGCUCUGUAGUCUGCUACACACAGAGAAAUUCUGCUGAAGAACAUUAAAAUGGAAGGCUUUAUUUAAAUCAGAGGUGAAUAAUGUAAUCAGUACAGUAUCCCACUCACUUAUUUUUAUUAUUAAAUUCAAUAGAUUAUGCUGGGCUUGAUCCUGCACCACUCAUGUCAGUGGGAGUUUUGCUGUUGACCCCAGCAGAAGAAAGUCCAAUCCCUACAUGAAUGAGAUGUUUUACUAAUGUUCCUGAUAUUUUCUCCCCAAACUGUUUUUGACAAGUUCCUGAGUAGCUAUGUUUUUCUUGUCAAAUCCUUUCCCCACAUCAGUUUUACUACGCUGAUUAGCACUUACUCAUGCAAAUAGUCCCAUUGAGUUUAUAGGGUCUACUCCAGUAAGUAUUACUUAUUAAGGGUUGCAGAAUUAGACCCCAUUUCAAUAAUAAUUUCUCAACCAAAGUAUCAAUUAUCUCAAGAACUGCAGAUGGAAAAAUUCCAAAUCAUAACCAAUUAGAGAUUAAUUUAUUUGCAGCUUCAUUAAAUAUGAAGUCGCUGCACCAUGAGUUAACUGAAAUACAUCAGCUGAAUAAGACAACAAGAAGUUGAAGUUUCUAGACCAGUGCAACCCAAUUGGAAGUCAAGCAGAACACAUACUGGCUCAAAAUGCUUUUAGAUUGUGCAGUUUACAAUAUGCACCGUUGUUCAACUAAUUCAGCUUAAUAAAAGAAACCUCUAAAUUGCAUCAAUUUUGCUGAGAAUUCACUGCUACCUUAAAAAGUCCUACAGGAGACAAUUAUCAACAUUAACUCAUCUAAAGCUGUGUUUCUCAACCUUUUU